AUGGCGCCGGUGGGCGGGGGCGGGCGCCAGGGCGGCGGGCCGGCCCGAGGGCGCCUCCUCCUGGCGGCGCUGGAGCUGCUGGUGUUGCUGUGGGCGGGGGCCCGGGGCCAGGACGCCCCCCAGCUCGGGGCGAUCCUGGGCAUGAGGCUGGCGAGCUGCAACACAUCGUGUGGGAUGAACCCCGAUGGCAUCAUCUACGUGUCCGAGGGCAGCACGGUGAACUUGAGGCUGUAUGGCCAGAGUCUGGGCUCGUUCUCCAGCAACCUGAUCUCCUUCACCGAGGUGGACGACUACGACACCGUCCACAACUCCACCGGUUGCCCCGAGCUCACCAAGGACCUGGUCGUCCAGCGACUGGUGAAUGUGAGCCGCGGGAACACGUCCGGGAUGCUGGUGGUGGUCACUAAGUUCCUUCGGAGGAGCGAGAACAUGAAGCUGUAUGCACUGUGCACUCGGGCUGGGGUGAAGGAGCCUUGGCAGAGGUGGACUGACAAGGACUCUCUGCUCUUCAUGAUAGAGGAGGGUAAGAAGUUGCUGCCCCUCUGGCUGCACAUCCUCCUCAUUAUGGUGCUGCUGGUGCUGUCGGGCAUAUUUUCUGGCCUCAACCUGGGCCUGAUGGCCCUGGACCCCAUGGAGCUGCGAAUUGUGCAGAACUGUGGCACAGAGAAGGAGAGGCGCUAUGCCCGCAAGAUUGAGCCCAUCCGGCGCAAGGGCAACUACUUGCUCUGCUCACUGCUCCUGGGAAACGUGCUGGUCAACACCUCCCUCACCAUCCUUCUAGACAACCUCAUUGGGUCUGGACUUGUGGCGGUGGCCUCCUCCACCAUCAGCAUUGUCAUCUUUGGGGAGAUCGUACCUCAGGCCUUGUGCUCCCGACAUGGGCUGGCUGUGGGUGCCAACACUAUCGUUCUUACCAAAUUCUUUAUGCUAAUCACCUUCCCCCUCAGUUUCCCCAUCAGCAAGCUCCUGGACUUUGUUCUGGGCCAGGAGAUUCGCACUGUUUACAAUCGGGAGAAGCUGAUGGAAAUGUUGAAGGUGACAGAGCCCUAUAAUGACCUCGUGAAAGAGGAGUUAAACAUGAUCCAGGGUGCCCUGGAACUACGGACCAAAACGGUGGAGGACAUCAUGACCCAGCUCCAAGACUGCUUCAUGAUCCGCAGUGAUGCCAUCCUGGACUUCAACACUAUGUCAGAGAUUAUGGAGAGUGGCUAUACCCGCAUCCCUGUGUUUGAAGAUGAGCAGUCCAAUAUUGUAGAUCUUCUCUAUGUCAAAGACUUGGCCUUUGUGGAUCCUGAUGACUGCACCCCCCUCAAGACCAUUACCCGCUUCUACAACCACCCCGUGCACUUUGUCUUCCACGACACCAAGUUGGAUGCCAUGCUGGAGGAGUUCAAGAAGGGGAAGUCACACCUGGCCAUCGUGCAGAAGGUGAACAAUGAGGGUGAAGGUGACCCCUUCUAUGAGGUGCUUGGCCUGGUCACCCUGGAGGAUGUCAUUGAGGAGAUCAUCAAGUCCGAGAUCCUGGACGAGUCGGAUAUGUACACUGACAACCGAAGCCGCAAACGGGUGUGUGAGAAGAACAAGCGUGACUUCUCAGCUUUUAAGGAUGCUGACAACGAACUCAAGGUGAAAAUUUCACCCCAGCUGCUUCUGGCUGCACAUCGCUUCCUGGCCACAGAGGUGCCCCAGUUUAGCCCUUCUCUGAUAUCAGAGAAAAUCCUGCUUCGGCUGCUCAAGUACCCAGAUGUCAUUCAGGAACUGAAGUUUGAUGAGCACAAAAAAUAUCAUGUUCACAAUUACCUGUACACCCGAAAUAAACCAGCUGACUACUUUAUCCUCAUCCUGCAGGGGAAGGUGGAGGUGGAGGCCGGGAAGGAGAACAUGAAGUUUGAGACAGGCGCCUUCUCCUACUACGGGACCAUGGCCUUGUCCAUAGUCCCCUCUGACCGCUCCCCGCCCCAUGCCAGCACCCUCAGUCGCUCAGCUUCCCUCAGUUACCCAGAUCGCACGGAUAUCUCGGGCAUAGCUCCCUUGGCAGGCAGCAGCAACCAGUUUGGGAGCUCCAUCCUGGGCCAGUACAUCUCUGACUUCAGUGUCCGGGCACUCAUGGACCUCCAGUAUAUUAAGGUCACCCGGCAGCAGUACCAGAAUGGGCUGCUGGCCUCACGCAUGGAGAAUUGCCCACAGUUCCCCCUGGAUGGGUGCACCAUCUGCACGGAGAACUUAGCCGAGAAGCCCGAGCUGCCCGUGGUGGAUGAGACCACAACUCUCCUCAACGAGCGCAACUCCUUGCUGCACAAAGCUUCCCACGAGAGUACCAUCUGACAGGAGGGCCCGGGGUCCCCCGCCAUUCCCGCGGGGGCCUCCCCAGUGGGCCCACAUGAAGAUAGGGAGCCUGUUAGGCCAGAAGGGGUACAGAUAGAUUGUCUAACUGAGCAGCCAGAUGGCCCCCAGCCUGUGGGGGAGCUGGCCUCUGACAGGGACCUCUGAACAGCUCAGAGGUAGUGGCUGCCUAGCCCUGGACUGACUGGCAGGGCGGUGGACCAGCUACCAUGAGUUAGUCUGUUUUUUACUGAAAGAAUUUCUAAAUUUAGGCGCAUUGCUCCUCUUUUUAAAUAUCAUUUGGGGAAGGGAAUGGGGAUGGGAAGACAGGGUUAAGGAAUUUUAUUUAAAAAAGAAAAAUUUUUUUUUUCAAAACUUUAAGAGGGGUAGGCUUUCUCACCCCAGGAAGCAAUAGCCAUAAUGUGCUCCUAGCCUUGACCUCUAGUUUAUGUCCCUGACUCAGGGAGCCUGUUCUUCCUCUUCCUCCUCCAGAGGAGGAGGGUUUUCUCUUGGGAGGAAGACAGUUCUUCCCAGGAAGCAAAGAACCAAAUAGCUCUCAGAAUAACUGCCUGGACACCUGCACUGAAGCUGGUCUGAUGUUGCUGAGGCCAAGGGAUUCUGGGUGACUGAUCAGGGAUAUGCUACAGAGAGGAGCACACCUACUUGUUGUCAAUCGCUGGAUCCAGGAAUUUCUUAGAACUCUGCCGAUGGGCUCUCCUGGUGAGUUGGGGCUAGGCUGAGGACUGUCACCCCUAUACCCAUUGUUUUGCCUCAUACUGCUCCUUUGGACAACUCUGUCCUUAUAAUGGGGUUUAAAGUGUUAGGCAGGGUCUCAAACUUUUACAAUUGGUUGCCCCUGCUCCCCCAGCUCUGCCCUCAACUUCACUAAAGGUUUUCCCCUCAGUGGGGAGAACAUCUAUGUUAUAGGUGAUUUGUCUGGGAUGCUCCUUGUGGUUCCAGGAGGGAAUCUGCUGUUAGCAAUUACUACCACCCUCUUUGCACCCCACAAUAGAAGUCAUGUCACUGAUCUAUGAAGUGCUUCUUUCCAGACUCUCUGCUUCCAAUUCCAAAACCCCAGUGACUCUUGGGGACUGAGAACAAGAGGACAUGUUGGAAGCCAAUCCAAGCAGGUUCUUCAUGCCUUUUACUCAAUGGCUGAGGCUUACCUGACUUUGUUCACACACUACAGAAGCCAGGAAAGGAGACUUCCCACCUAAAAGACACAACUGGUUGCCCCAUUUUCCCCAUGUCUGUGUAAUCUAGUGUGAAGUGUCAUCUUGGCUGUUGCUGAAGUGGUACUGGACCCAAGAGUCCACCCUUAGAGGGAAUCCUGCCCUACCACCUUUUCCCUGAGGCUGAAUCCAGCCCUGGUGCAGAGCUCCAGGAUUCCUGCUAUUGGGAAGGCUGUGGGACUAAGCAGUGUUGGCCCUUUCGUCGGGUGGAACAGGAACUGGAGCCCAAGAUGCAGAUGUGGGGGAUUCUGCAGGUCUUCUGCCUGAAUAUUAUUUAUUCACUCCUUUCCUCAACCAGUGGAGUCCUGUCACCGCAAGUGUUCUGCUUUUCAGGUGCCUAGAGAUUCCUAACUCUUGGGACCAGGAAAUGUCUUGCAUCAAGUAUGCCUGCCCCUGACCAGUUGUAGUCUUCCCCAGUCACAGAAUUUAUUCCUAAACGUCUGGAGAGAAGGUGGUGACAUCCAUGGCUUCUUAGCCAAAAGGAAAAAAGACCAGCUCUUGCCCCCUGUUGGGGGAAUCCCUUAGUUUUCUCCAGGAGCAGCCUGCUUUCUGAGUCCACACAGGAACUUGCAAAGCUGUAUUCCUGAGGGAACCGGGGGCCAGGUGGAGCAAACCACAUUGGCCUGAACCACGAGUGUGUGUGAAGUAAAGGGAGCAGGUGCGCACACUCCACAGCUACCUCUGCACACACGGUUACUACCAAUAGAUGGUCUCCCCCCACUUCUUUCCUCCCCUUCUCCAUUUAUAAUCACUUCUUGCAGAGGGUCAGAAUUAUUUCCAAAUAUUACUGGUUCGAUAACUUCCUCCUCCCAGUGCAAUUUUUCACUUCCUAUUCCAACCUCUGGUUUCUGGGCUGAGCCAUAUCUUGGAAUUGGCCCAUCCCUGCAAGUCUUCCCAUGUAAGGGAGACCUUUGCAAAUGGCCUCCAAAUAGGUAGGCAAGCCACAGCCACCAUAGUAAAUAACUCAUAUUUAUUUUGCGUAAGAUUUUAAUUUGUAUAUUUUUGUGAUUUAUUUUGGCAUUGUUAUAUAAGUUUGACUCUCGGGGAGUUUUGUUGUUAUGACUCUUGUGUCUUUUGUCACAAAAACAAUGAUAAUAUUUGCUAAACAAUAUAUGGAAUUUAUUUUUGAUUGGUAAUAAAAAUGAAAUAUGUAUGAAUCUUGG